CACUCCUGAGAAACAAUCCACCAAAUUCAAGAGUGUUCCCAGAUGCUGCUGAUUUCAAGAAUCAAAUGGGUUCUCCAAAAUUCCCUUUUCUGCCACCACCACCCUUCAAAAGCCCAUAUUUUCUCCUGAAAGCACCAGUAAAAAAUCCUCGGUUUUUGGCUGCUAAACCCACAACCUAGUCAUCAGCAUUGCCAGAUACGAAGCUUGAAAUCAGAAGCUACUUCUGCUGCUGCUUAUCUUCUUCUGGUGAAAUUCACGUGAUCGUGGGACCGCAUGUUUGCCGGAAAACCUUCCACUCUUCUCAGGAGGAUUAGACCGACAGUAGUAUAUGGAAGAUCCUGUUCCGCUUCUUUGAAGAUGAACAAGGGAACUAGAGUUGUUCUUGCUGUCAAAUUAAAUCAUCGUUGAUGACAUUCCCAGUUUUCAGGCUGAUGCUAGAGAGAUUACCCUUCAGUUGGAUGAGACUUUGAAGGAUUGCUGUUUUCAGGAACGGUAGUGGAGGCUGUUCAGAUAUUAUGCCAGGCAGGGGUUCAAGUAGAAUCAGAAAUCGUAAUCUAGCCCACACUCUUUUUUUCAAUAAGUUGCAAAUGAAAAGCUUGGUCUCAUGGAAUUCGAUGAUUGUAGGUUAUGUGCAGAAAGGUUUGGAAGAGGUGGGCUUGAGCAUGUUCCAUAAGCUGAUAAAAAAUGGUUUGAUACCAGACCAUUAUACCUUUGGAUCAAUCUUUAGGGCUCAUGCUUCUUUAGCAAUCCUGGAACAGGGCAGGCAAGCCCAUGCUCUGUGGAUCAAGUGCCAAAUUUGUGGAAACCUUGUAGUUAAUAGUGCUCUCAUGGAUAUGUAUUUCAAGUGCAGUAGGCUCUCUGUAGGGGAUCUUGGAUUUGAGAAGUUUCUAGAUAGAAAUGUUGUUACCUGGUCUACUUUGAUAUCUGGAUAUGGACAACAUGGAAGAGUGGUAGAGGUUAUAGAAUCCUUGCAUAGGAUGUUAGAUGAAGGUUUUAGUCCCAACCAUGUUACAUUUCUUGCUGUUCUUGCUGCUUGUAACCAUGGAGGUUUGGUGAACAGAGGCUGGGAGUACUUUACCUCAAUGACUAGAGAUUGCAGAUUUCAGCCAAAGGGAAAUUGAUCUGUUAGGGCCUGCUGGUAGGUUAGUGGAUGCUUAUGAGUUUGUCAUGAGUUCACCUUGUAAGGAGCACCCUUUUGUAUGGGGUGCUUUACUUGGGGCUUGUAAGAUUCAUGGAAAUAUGGACUUGGCAAAGCUUGCAGCGAAGAACUUCUUUGAGUUGGAAUCCAAAAGUGCUGGAAAAUAUGUUGUCUUAUCAAAUGCUUAUGCUUCUUUUGGUUUGUGGGAUAAUGUAGCCGAGCUUAGGAGUGUGAUGAAUGAAUCUGAGAUGAAGAAGGAGCCUGGUCAUAGCAUGAUUGAAAUUCAAAGGGAGGCUCACUUUUUCUUUAUGGAGCAUAACACUCAUGAGAAAACUGAGGAGUUAUCAGUUAAAUGAAGAUCUGACUUGUGUCCUGAAAGAUAUGGGGUAUAUUCCUCAUGCCAAGUAAUUAGUUGACAGGAUUAAGUUUGAGCUAUGCCAUCAUAUAUGCAGCUAAUGCUGUAGAUUGGGUUGCUGCUUUUUAGGAGGGGGGAACUUCUGAAAGCUUUAAAUUCUUGGACUCUACUUCAUCCUCGUGUCAUGCAUACUAAUUUUUUUAUAAUUAGAGAAGGAGAUAAACAUUUCUAUGGUCAUUAUAUUUCCUCUAAUGGUUAGGAAAAGACCUAUAUGUGAAAUAUGUAGGAAAGAUUCAGAAGGGUCUUUGCCAUUACAUCAUAUUGAGGACCGUUUGGAUAUUGAUAAAUAUUCAGAUCAUAUUCAGGUGAUGCUGGAAGUUAUUCAGGAGUCGAGCUUCACGGUGGAUGUCUGAACUUUUUAUGCAGAGGUUUAUGGAUUGAAUGUAUUGGAGUUAGUAGAAACUGGCACUUGGUUAAUCAUGUCGCUUGAGAUGCCAUUUCUUCCAUUCGAGUUCUUUAUGUGCUUUUUGUGUUCUGAGUGCUCAAGGCUUCUUAGCAAAUUAGACAAUUUGAUCUUAUGGAAACUUUUAGUUACCAUUUCUAUGGUCAAUUAUUGGGUGAAUUCAACAUAUGUAACUCCAGUUCUAACUGUUUAAUCAGUUGAAGACUAUUUUCUGGUGUCUUAACAUUCUAAAGUUCUAGAAUCCUUCUACAACCAAUGUAUCAUACACGGUUUGUUAAACAGAUUCUUUAUUGCCUGAGAUACUGAUUUAAGUUGACUGUCUUAUUAUCUUCAAUUUAUAGCGCAUGCUGGAACAAUAUGAAGAGAAAAUCGACAUGUUCUGUUGGCCUUUGGCAUAAAGAAAUAAGAAAAUUCCUUACUCUGCAUCUGAUUAUUGUCCAUCUGCUGACUAUGAUGGCAAGGCUGUGAUUGAUGCUGGAUUGGAUGGUGACUAUCUAAGGCUUUUCUGAUGGAAAAGUAAAAGUAUCUGUUGGCUGUAGGAGUAAAAGCCAUUUACUCCUCAAAAUAUCCGACAGGCUUCACGUGCAGAGUUUCUUCUAAGCCAUUUUUUACCCAAUUUCAUCUAGCUCCCACCGGCCAAAGAGCUCCAAGCAGAUCCAGCUGGGACGAUUUCCUGGCCAACAACAACACGCUUGAUACGAAUUGCUUGCGAGACUGAAGGUGGUGGUGGUUUUCAUUCAGCUUGGCAAUUUCACCACUCCAGCGGCAAUUUGGAUUUGCAACACUCCAGCUGUGAUUCCGGCAAGGUCUCCGGCAGGAUUCCAGCUGCUGUCCAUACUUUAGUUGUGACGCUGUUAGCUAUUCGGUUAUGACCGCUGACAAGAAGAAGCCUUCCUGCGAUUCCUCACCUGUUAGCUAUACUUCCGAUUGCUCCUCCCGUUCGUCAACUGCCUCCAACAACUACAUCGACUGUCUUUCCACCUACGUUGAGCAAAUGGCUUCUAGGAUUCAAUGGACCGAUGCAAUGGAUGAAGCUUUCCUCAUAGCAUACGUUAGCUUUAGGGAAAAUAACUGGUGGGACAACAAGAAGUUGCUUGAGACAAACUACGACAUGUUGGCAAGCCAUUUGGUAAGUAAUGGCAUCAUGACCGUCACUGGCCAGCAAUUGCAGACCAGAUACUAUCACAUCAAGAAAAAAUGGGACUUGUUCUGUAAUCUGCGUGGGAUAUCCUCAAAAUCUGAGACCGGGGUUGGGUGGAAUGAGGACAGCUACUGCUUCACUGCUGAUGAAGAACAUUGGCAAAACUUGGUGCAGACAAAUUCCUCGUAUGCUGAUUUCAAAAAAGAGAACUCAUGCUACUGGUAUGAUCAGCUCACACCGCUUCUUCUUGGAAGACACGCGACAGGCAGCUGUGCCCAAUGUGCAAGCGAGGUAGUACCAUCGGAACCGCCUCGCCGUGAAAGAGCCAACACUUCUGCUAGGAGCCGGAAGGGAAAAGGUAAAGCCUCUAGCUCGAUGUCCCCUAAUCCGGCGAGCAUGGGUGUCCAAGGGGAUGAGGGGGACGUGUACUAUGUUCCGCCAGUUCCAGGGCUGUUGGAGGAAAACGGUCAGCCUCAAGCUUGGGGACCAGCGGUGAACCGGAGGGACUAGAGGGUCAAAAUUGACAAGGUCAUCCACUGGACUUGAGGAUGCUAUUAGCAAAAUUGGAAAUUACUCCGAAGUUGUACUUGAGGACAGACGGAGUAGGAUGGAGUUUGAGUCCCUAUACAGUGUAAUCCAAUGCCAGGAUGUGAUUGACACAAUGGAGAUUCCGGACAACUGGAGGAUACAUGCUAACUGUCAUUAUGCCAAUAGUGACAGAGAGGGGGAACGAGUUAUUUUCCUCAGGGCUUCUGCAGCUGACCGGUAUGGCUAUAUCCUUAAGUUGAUGCAGGAGAAAGGCUUGGCUUGAGUUGUAGCUGUUGAAAACAGAGUAUAUUUGUACUAACUUAAUUAUGUGUGUUGCUGAGACUUUGAGUUGAUUUUUCUUUACUUCUUGUUGGCCUAAAGUUUGUGACUGGUCACAACUUCUCCCGUUGGGCUGCCUGCCCAAUUUUGAUGCUUGUAACAUAGGGGUCAGCCGUCACUUUUAUUUAAUUCUAUGGUGUGUAUUUUCUUACCCCACUUUGGUGGAGUAUGCUUUGUGAGGACACUCAAAUAAGAUGACUUUUUCAUUCAUAGGAAUUA